AUGGAUUUCGGCCGGCGCAAGAGCUUCAGCUUCUUCGAGGAGGACCGCAAGUCGUCGUCGCGGCCGGGCGCGCACACGCCCGUGCACCAGUACUACGCGCGCGCCGGCGGGGGCGGGAGGUCGCCGGCGCGGGAGGCGGCGGAGCCCGCGCGCCUGAGCAUGUCGUCGGCGGUGCCCGGGCUCGGGGUCGAGGUGCCGCUGCCGCCCAUGCAGCAGAUGCAGGCUGCCGGCAGCUGCUCCCCGUGGGUGCAGUCGCCGCUGCACGGCCGGCUCCGGUUCCCGCCGUCGCCCGCCGCCAUCUACCACUGCCUGGCGGCGCUGCACCGGCUGGAGGGCGACGUGCACGCGCUGGCCGUGGCGCGGGGCGUGCUGUUCACGGCGUCCGACAGCGGCCGCGUCCGCGCGUGGGCGGCGCCCGGCUGCUUCAACCGCGGCUACCUCGACGUGGGCCGCGGCCGCGUCCCGGCGCUGGCCGCGUGCGGGGGCACGCUCGUCACGUCCCACGCCCGCGACCACCGCGUCCGGGUCUGGACCGUCUGCGCCGCCGCCGUGUGCGACCACGUCCGCGCCAAGAAGGCAGCCACGCUCCCCGCCAAGUCGUCGCUCCUCCUCCAGAACCCGUUCGCCAAGCGGCGGCAGCACCAGCACCGGGACACCGUCUCCUGCCUCGUGCUCCACGCCGUGGCGGGCUUGCUCUACACCGGCUCCCACGACCACACCGUGAAGGCGUGGCGGCUCUCCGACGGUUCCUGCGUCGACUCCUUCGUGGCGCACGACGGGCCCGUCAACGCCAUGGUGGUGAACGAGGCGGACGGCUGCGUCUUCACGGGAUCCGCCGACGGCACCGUCAAGAUGUGGCGCCGCGUGUACGGCGGCACGGCGCACGCGCUCAUCAUCGUGCUCCGCUCCGAGCUGUCCCCCGUCAACGCGCUGGCGCUGUGCCACGCCCACGCGGCGGGAGGCGGCGGCGGCGCAAGGCGGUGCUUCCUCUACGCGGGGUCCUCGGACGGAUACGUGAACGUGUGGGAGAAGGAGGCCACGGUGGGGCGGCCGGCGCACGCCGGGUACCUCAAGGGCCACCGCCUGGCGGUGUUCUGCCUGGCUUCCGGUUGCGGCGGCCGGGUGGUGGUGAGUGGGUCGGAGGACGCCACGAUGCGCGUGUGGAGGCGCGAGGGGAACAAGGGCGGCGCGGCGCACACGUGCCUGGCCGUGAUCGAGGGGCACCGGGGCCCGGUGCGGUGCCUGGCCGUGGGCGGCGGCGAGGCCGGGGAGGUGGAGGGCAGCAUGGUGGUGUACAGCGCCGGGCUGGACAGGAGCGUCAAGGUGUGGAGGAUACGGGUGGUGGGGAAGGAGGAGGAGGAGGACGACGACGAGGAGGUAGAUGGGGACGACGGCGAGGAUGACGACCCCGAGGCGGCAGCGGAGAUAUUAAUGGCGGGAGGGAAGGCCGACGGCGGCGAUGCGCAUGCGAUCCCCGUCGCGAGGGACGACGUGGAGGACACCGAGGAGCCCGAGUUCGUGGGGCCCACGCCGGUGCUGUCGCCGGUGUGGGUGGAGAAGCGGCGGCACACGAGCCGUGGGUGA